UUGUCUCCCACUCCCUGUUUCAGCACACUGGAAAAACAAGACUGAUGAAAAAUCAAAGAAAGGAAAAAAAUGCCUGAAUCACUCUUCGUUUUACACACUGUUGGUGCUGCUUCUGUGAAGUUAAAAUUUCAACUUCCAAAACGCAGAAACUGUAUCAAGUACAGCAGCUUCACCACUAAAUGUUGUAGCAAAAGCAAUAAUAGAUGGUCCCUUAAUGGCAUGAAUGCACUUGUCACUGGUGGCACUAGAGGCAUUGGGCAUGCAAUUGUGGAGGAAUUGUGUGGACUAGGAGCCACUGUGCAUACAUGUGCUCGGAAUGAAGAUGAACUUGGAACAUGUUUGAGGAGCUGGAAAGAUGAGGGCUUUGCAGUGUCUGGUUCCUUGUGUGAUGUGUCUUCUCGAAUUGAUCGCCAGAAGUUAAUGGAGGUUGUUUCAUCUACAUUCAAUGGGAAGCUCGAUAUUCUUAUAAACAACGUGGGGACCAAUAUUCGCAAAGCUAUGGUGGAUUUUACAGCUGAAGAGUUUUCCACCCUCAUGGCAACAAAUUUUGAAUCUGUUUUCCAUCUGUCUCAGCUGGCCUAUCCCCUUCUGAAAGCAUCUAGGGCUGGAAGUGUUGUGUUCACUUCUUCUGUCUCAGGUUUUGUCUCAUUGAAAUCUAUGUCCGUACAAGGAGCAACAAAAGGAGCAAUUAAUCAACUUACAAAAAAUUUGGCAUGUGAGUGGGCUAAAGACAACAUCAGGAGUAAUGCUGUUGCACCUUGGUACAUCAAAACAUCCAUGGUGGAGCAAGUGUUGAGUAACAAAGAUUAUUUACAAGAAGUGUAUGACCGGACUCCACUUGGGCGCCUAGGAGAGCCAUCCGAGGUUUCAUCUCUUGUGGGAUUCCUUUGUUUACCUGCAUCUUCUUACAUCACCGGUCAGAUAAUCUGUGUUGAUGGUGGAAUGUCUGUAAAUGGAUUCUACCCUCACCAUGGCUAGAGGAAUUACUGCCGUAGAGUAAUGCUACAAUAUUGCAGAGGAAAACUUUGUUGAGUGUGUGCCUUAAAUGCUUCGAAGGCUGGACCUUCCAUGAGUAUCGGAAAAGUUGCUUCUUAGCAGGUUUAUUAUUUGAAGGAAUUAUGUUCAUUUCUGCUUGAUGAUCAUUGCAUCAGUGUUGGCUCAUUGGCUUUUGUACCUUAGUGCUCUUAACUUUUGGCAACAUGAGCGUUCCAAGUUCCAACCAACUGGUUGAGCAUGCUCAGAUAAAAUUGUAUCUCGAUCCUACUUUCAGUACAGAUCCCGAUUCUGCAAUUUACAGUAGAUUUCUUAGCUAAAAAAGUAUAAUCUUCGUAUUCAGUUUCGCAUGGUGCCAUGUAUUGAGUUUUCUUGCAUCCUUUCAAACUCAGGUAGUGUAAGAUAUGCAACAUUUCUGCCUCUUUCUAUUCAACAUGUUUAUUCUGAUA